UACCUCUCUUUCUCUCUCUAGGUUUUCUUGUGCAUUUAAGGCCAAAAACUACACCCUUGAACGAGCCAUUCUCUCUCUUUAAGACGCUUCUUUAAACCCCUCCUUCUCUUUCUAAACUGUUAUAUCAAGAAAAGAGAUGGGCUCUUGCUCUACUGCCCAUAUAGCAACACUGCUCAUGAUAUUGCUAUGUAGCAUGCUGUUACUAUGUGAAGGGAAGCAGCUGAGCUCCAAGUUCUAUGAUUCGAGCUGCCCCAAUGCCCUCUCUACCAUCCGCACCGCCAUUCAUGCCGCGAUAUCGGCAGAGAGGCGGAUGGGAGCCUCCCUUAUUCGCCUCCACUUCCAUGAUUGCUUUGUCAAUGGUUGCGAUGCAUCGCUCCUGUUGGACUCGACUUCCUCUUUCGAGAGCGAACAGAAUGCCAUUCAGAACAUCGAGUCUGCUAGAGGCUUCCAAGUCAUUGAAAAGGCAAAGUCGAGAGUGGAAAGCAUAUGUCCAGGUGUGGUCUCCUGUGCAGACAUCCUUGCAGUUGCAGCAAGAGACUCUUCUGUAAAGUUGGGAGGUCCAUCGUGGACUGUAAAGCUAGGGCGAAGAGACUCUGCAACGGCAAGCAAGAGUGAGGCAGAGAGAGAACUCCCUCUCUUCACCACUCCCUUGGACAGUCUCAUCUCUCGCUUCCGCAGAAAGGGACUCAGUGCCAAAGACUUGGUGGCUCUCUCUGGUGCACACACAAUAGGCCAAGCCCAGUGUUUCACAUUCAGAGACAGAAUUUACAACCACACCAACAUCGACUCUGGCUUUGCUCGCAAAAGGCGUAAUCGCUGCCCUUCAAAUGGUGGGGACUCGAAGCUCGCACCGCUUGACCUUGUUACACCCACUAGCUUCGACAACAACUACUUCAAGAUUUUGAUGCAGAAAAAGGGUUUGUUGGAAUCAGAUCAGGUGCUGUUUAAUGGUGGAUCAACUGAUGAGAUAGUGAGGUCAUAUAGUAAGAGUCGCAGUGCUUUCUACUCGGAUUUUGCGGAGGCUAUGGUGAAGAUGGGGGAUAUUGAGCCUCUUACUGGAUCAGCUGGGCAGAUUAGGGCAAGGUGCUCCGUGCCCAAUUGAUUGAUUCUUGAAAGGGAUUGUGGUUUAUGUUAUUAAUUUGUUCUUUUUUAGACGAAGGCCCUUUGUAAUUGUAUAUUGUGGGGGCCUAUGUGCUUCUCAUUCAUGUAGAUGUGUGAUUAGUUUAUUUCAUGAAAUUGCUUUCUUGUAAUUUGUGUCGUG